CAACUCCUAUCUAUCAUCAUUUCAUAAUCUCCAUUCCACCAAUGGCUAUCCUAAAACCACCACCUGUCACUGUUCUCUCUCCAUCAAACCCAAUAAAAUCCCGCCACGUAACACCCCCACAUUCUCUCCGCAGUACUUUCUCCAACAACCUCAAUUCAUGUCCCAAACUCGUGCUACAGUCUCAAACAGCAAUAACAACCUCGUAUCCGUCGAAGGAACCUCGUUUGUAUCGAAGUAUUGUUGCUGUGAGGUCACAGCUGAGAUACCCUAUCAUAUCUCCUGAUGAUCAUUGGGGGGUUUGGUCUGCUAUCUUCAGCAUUGGUGCUUUUGGUUUAUGGUCGGAGAAGACUAAAAUCGGGAGCAUGGUAAGUGCUGCAUUGGUGAGCACAUUAGUUGGACUUGCAGCAAGUAAUCUUGGAAUUCUUCCACAUGAUGCUCCAGCAUAUUCUAUUGUCUUGGAGUUUCUGCUUCCCAUAACAAUUCCACUGCUAUUGUUUGGAGCAAAUUUGCACGAAGUCGUUCGUUCAACCGGGACACUUCUCAUAGCUUUCCUACUUGGGUCAGUUGCUACUGUAAUUGGAACUCUAGUGGCAUUUCUUUUAGUUCCUAUGAGAUCUCUUGGUCCUGACAACUGGAAAAUUGCAGCAGCUCUAAUGGGAAGUUAUAUUGGUGGAUCUGUUAAUUAUGUUGCCAUUUCAGAGGCGCUUGGUUUGUCUGCAUCAGUUUUAGCUGCAGGAGUGGCCGCAGAUAAUGUUAUCUGCGCUGUUUAUUUUAUGGUGUUGUUUGCAUUGGCUUCUAAAAUACCUGCAGAGACCGCACCACCAACCACAGAUAAUGCAAUGCAUAUGAAGUCGGAAAAUGAGGGAAACAUGCCAGUGUUACAGACAGCUACUGCAGUAGCUACAUCAUUUGUAAUAUGUAGAGCUGCUACAUAUUUCACAAAACAAUAUGGUAUACAAGGAGGAACUCUUCCAGGAGUAACUGCAAUCAUAGUCAUUUUAGCUACUUUUCUACCUAAGCUGAUUAGUCCUCUUGUACCUGCUGGUCAUACUGUUGCCUUGGUUUUGAUGCAGGUAUUUUUUGUGGUGGUUGGAGCUAGUGGAAGUAUAUUGAAUGUGAUCAAAACAGCCCCCAGUAUAUUCAUAUUUGCAUUAGUUCAAGUAACUAUUCAUCUUCUUAUUGUUCUUGGAUUAGGCAAGUUAUUUAAGCUUGAUUUGAAGCUAUUACUUUUAGCAUCAAAUGCUAAUAUUGGAGGCCCUACAACAGCUUGUGGAAUGGCUAAGGCUAAAGGCUGGGAAUCUUUAGUUGUUCCUGGAAUUCUUACAGGUAUUUUUGGUGUUUCAAUUGCAACUUUUUUAGGUAUUGGUUUUGGAGUAAUGGUUCUAAAACAUUUGUAGAAAUUAUUGUUUCUAAUGUUUAGAUAUGUACUUACAACUAAUUGGAAGUUAUGUUGUUAACACAGUUUUAAUGUACAAUUUGACCAUAUUUCACAUGAAUUUUAUGUAACUUUGUUUGUAGCAAA